GCGCUGUGUUGGGAGGCGGGAGGUCGAGGCCGAGGCCGCACUGUUUGCCAUUGAUCAUGGCCCUGGUCGGGGGAGUCCGGGCGCCGCUCCGCUCCCUCCUCAGGACGGGCUCGGCCUGGAACUCGAUCCGUUCCUGCCGCUACGCCAGCGGCUCCAAGGGUCUAGUGCUUGGUGUAUAUGAGGGAGGGAAGGAGGAUGAAACCAUUCAGUUCACGAAAGCUGGAGAAAUAUUUGACAGUUCUAUAGCUGGAAAGCUUAAUGAACUUCUGACCAUAUCUGGUCCUGCUCUUAAAAAAGGAAGAAGCCGUCUAUUUUAUGGACUGCAUCAGGAUUUUUCCCACAUUGUAGUUGUUGGUCUUGGUGACAAAAAUGCUGGAAUUAAUAGUUUGGAACAAUACGACGAAGGCAAAGAAAACAUUCGAGCUGCCAUAGCAGUUGGAUGCAGGCAGUUACAAGAUCUAGAGGUUCCUCAUGUGGAAGUUGAUCCGUGUGGGGAUGCCCAUUGUGCAGCAGAAGGAUCUGUUUUGGGUUUAUUUGAGUAUAAUGAGCUGAAGAAGAAGAAGAAAACAGCAGUCACUGUGAAGCCAUAUGGAAGUUUGGAAAAUGAAGCAUGGCAGAGAGGAGUUAUGUAUGCAGAAGGACAGAAUUUGGCUCGGCAUUUGAUGGAAGCACCGGCUAAUUAUUUAACUCCAACUAGUUUUGCAGAGAUCAUUCAACAAGCACUACAUUCAACAGGUGAUAACGUGGAAGUGCAUAUAAGGCCCAAAUCCUGGAUUGAGGAGCAACAGAUGGGAGCCUUCCUUAGUGUAGCCAAAGGCUCAGAUGAAGAGCCAGUAUUUUUAGAGAUUCACUAUAAUGGUUCUGCACACACCAGUGAAUCACCAUUAGUUUUUGUCGGAAAAGGGAUUACAUUUGACAGUGGUGGAAUUUCAAUUAAACCUGCCUCGGGGAUGGAUGCAAUGAGAGCCGACAUGGGAGGAGCAGCAACAGUCUGUUCUGCCAUAACGACUGCAGCAUCUUUGAAACUUCCCCUUAACAUCAUAGGUCUGGCUCCUUUGUGUGAGAAUAUGGUGAAUGGCAGAGCAAAUAAACCUGGUGAUGUGGUCAGAGCUAAAAAUGGCAAAACUAUACAGGUGGAUAACACUGAUGCUGAGGGUCGUUUGAUACUGGCUGAUGCCCUAUGCUAUGCACACAACUUUAACCCCAAAGCAGUUGUAAAUGCUGCAACCUUAACAGGUGCUAUGGAUGUUGCCUUGGGAUCAGCAGCUACUGGGGUUUUCACCAACUCCGACUGGUUGUGGGAACACCUCAGAGAAGCUAGCAUCGUGACUGGAGAUCGUGUGUGGAGGAUGCCCCUUUUCCAACAUUAUACCAGACAAAUCACAGAAUCACAACUAGCCGACCUGAAUAACAUUGGCAAAUACAGGUCUGGCGGAGCAUGUACAGCUGCAGCAUUCCUUCGCGAGUUUGUUACAGUACCUCACUGGGCUCACCUCGACAUAGCUGGCGUAAUGUCAAACAAAGAUGAAGUUCCUUAUCUGCGGAAAGGAAUGGCAGGAAGACCCACACGGACGUUGGUAGAAUUUGCAGUCUCCUUGAGCCAAGAAACUCAGAAAUCAUGAUGUAUAUUUAAUGAUUAAUCCACAUGUGUUCUUUUCUUUAGUUUUAGAACUCUGGUAAGCAUACCUAUGACCUUAGGUAGACACAAAAUGCUGGAGUAAAUCAGCGGGUCAAGCAGCAUCUCUGGAGAAUGGGUGACAUUUUGUGUCGAGACACUUCUUCAGACUGAAGAAGGAUCACCGUCCGAAACAUCACCCAUUCCUUCUCUCCAGAUAUGCCGCUUGACCCGCUGAGUUACUCCAGCAUUUUGUGUCUGCCUUUGAUUUUACCAGCAUCUGCAGUUCUUUCGUACUCCCUAUGACCUUAUUUGGAUUUGUGAAUUAAUUUUUUUUCUACCUUCAUCUAAAAUGUAAGACUUUUUUUGAAUGUCAAAUUUUGUUAAUUAUUUUUUUUAUAAUUAUGACUGAUAAUUGCAGUAAUGGCAUCUGAAUAUAUCCCGCGAUUUUUGUCCAUAAACUUUCUGCUCUUAUUCAGUGGCUCCUGCACACUUGCUGCUACACGGGGACAUUUCUUUGCAGCCGCACAAUAGCUGCAAUGUACCCUGUCAUUCUUGGACAGUUGCAAACCUGUCGGUUUUGAAAAAUAGUGAAUUUAGUUGGAAAAGAAGUGUUCAGUUGAAAGGAAAAACUGAUAUAUAUUUUGUGCCUUGAAUAUUUCUAACCAUGAACUCCAGUAACAUUCAAUGCAAAAAUGAGACCAUGUAAGUCAAAUAAAUAAAAUAAAUUGGACAUUC